AUGGCUAUUCGUGGUCCUGUAAAACGGAAACGCCUAGACAGAGAGCAUGCGCAAGAAACGGACAAACCCAAAGCAAAAAAACCAAAGUCUAAAUCGACCACUGUUGAGGAGGAGGAAAUCGAAGCAGAUGUGGAUGAUGAUCACGGAAGAGAAGUAGAGGAUGAGGAAGACGAUGAUUAUGAAGAUAGUCGUUCUCAACAGUACAUGAAAGAAAUAAAGAAGCAUAAGAAGACUAAAUCCGACAACAGCGCUCUCAAGUUCAAAAAGAAGGCAAAAAAUAAGGAAGAAACCACCAUAAAGCUUCUACAGCAGCAAAGACUCGUGAUUAAGAAUGAUGCUAUUGGUUUCUCCGAAAACCUUGCUAUGCUUCUAGAAAAGGCUCUGGACUCUUCUUUCUCUGAGCUUUUAACGGGGCCGUCAUCCAACCUAGCUCAAGAUCGCCAACAACUUCUCGCUUCUCAGAUAUCAACUACAAGUCUUCCGAAAAACCUCAUUUCAUCUACUCGGUCACUCCAGGAUAUACUUAUCACAGUGGCUGACCAAGACCUCGUCAUAGGGGAAGGAUGGGAGCAAGACGGAGACCUAUCUAUCACCGCUUUGCGUGAUGCCCAACAAGAAGCCCUGUUGAAACUUGCAGAGGCGAUAUCUAAAGAUACAGACCACGAUGAAGAGGGAAGAGGGGAAGAUGCCUCAGAAAUGAAUUGGGGAAGCGCUGUUAAAAGGACCGAAAAGGGAAUUAAAAGGCUUUUAAAGAAUGUGCCAAUAUCUGCCGAUGUUGAUGGGUAG